AUGUCGGAUGCCGAAAUAGAAAAAGCUGCUGCUUCUGAAUUGAAAGAAUUGAAUUUGGAGAAUGAAGCCGUUGAGCAGCAUGAUCAAGCUGUAGUUGGCGAAUCAAACCCAGUAGAAAAUAAAAAGAAAAAGAAUAAGAAAAAGAAGAAGAAAAAGAGCAACGUGAAGAAAAUUGAACUACUGUUUCCAGAUGGAAAGUAUCCAGAAGGCGAAUGGAUGGACUACCACCAGGAUUUCAACUUGGAAAGAACCACCGAUGAAGAAUCACGUUAUUUGAAGAGAGAUUUGGAAAGAGCUGAACAUUGGAAUGAUGUCAGGAAGGGUGCUGAGAUUCAUCGUCGCGUCAGAAGAGUCAUCAAAGAUAGGAUAAUUCCAGGAAUGAAGCUGAUGGAUAUCGCCGAUAUGAUUGAAAAUACCACCAGAAAAUAUACCGGUGCAGAAGAUUUGUUAGCAAUGGAAAACCCCAAAUCUCAAGGUAUUGGGUUCCCAACAGGUCUUUCACUGAACCAUUGUGCUGCACACUACACACCCAAUGCAGGCGACAAGACCGUCUUGAAAUAUGAAGAUGUGAUGAAGGUUGAUUAUGGUGUGCAGAUAAACGGCAACAUCAUCGAUUCUGCCUUUACCGUUUCAUUUGAUCCGCAAUAUGACAACUUGCUAGCUGCUGUCAAAGAUGCUACUUACACGGGUAUCAAAGAAGCAGGUAUUGAUGUCAGGUUAACUGAUAUCGGCGAAGCUAUCCAAGAAGUCAUGGAAUCUUAUGAAGUGGAAAUCAAUGGUCAGACGUACCAAGUGAAACCUUGCCGUAACCUCUGUGGCCACAGCAUCGGACCAUACCGUAUCCAUGGCGGUAAGUCUGUCCCUAUAGUCAAGAACGGGGACACUACGAAGAUGGAGGAGGGUGAACAUUUUGCUAUUGAGACUUUUGGUUCCACUGGCAGAGGUUAUGUUAGUGCCGGUGGAGAGGUUUCUCAUUAUGCCAGAUCUGGCGAAGACAACCAGGUAAUUCCCACAUUAGAAAGCGCCAAAAACUUGUUGAAAACGAUAGACCGUAAUUUUGGAACUUUACCAUUCUGUCGUCGAUAUCUAGACAGACUAGGCCAAGAGAAAUACUUAUUUGCGUUGAAUAACUUGGUCAGGCACGGUUUGGUGCAGGAUUAUCCUCCAUUGAACGAUAUUCCGGGCUCCUAUACCGCGCAAUUCGAACACACCAUCCUAUUACAUGCACACAAGAAGGAAGUCGUUUCUAAAGGCGAGGACUACUAA